AGCAAGUUUAUUUGGCGUAGGACGCACCACAGUUGGGGAAAUAGUUGUGGAUUUUUGCAAAGCUGUGUGCACAAAUUAAUCGGAUUGCAUCAAUUCCUAUCCACCAAGCACAGAAGAAGUAGAGCGAAAUGUACAAGGUUUUGCACACCUUGGUUUUCCGCAAUGUUUUGGAGCAAUAGAUGGCUGCCACAUUGAGGUUCAGCCGAAAAAGGAAGAUGCGAUCGAUUAUUACAAUUAUAAGGGGUGGUAUUCGGUUGUUCUGCUGGCAAGUUGCGACUAUAGAUGAAGGUGAUGGUGACGGCAUUGGACAUGACGGUGAUGGUGACGGCAACGAAGGUGGCAGCGGACAUGAUGGCGAUGGUGACGGCAACGAAGGUGGCAGCGGACAUGAUGGCGAUGGCAACGGAGGUGAUAAUGGUGGGUCGGACGGCGGCAACAAUUGGGUUAAUGUUGAAUUCUAAAAAAAAUUAACUUUAUA